CGGCCGGGAGGGGCGGCGGCCACCAGCCAGGGCCCCGAGAGCGCACGGGACGCGCCCCGCCAGCACCUGUGCCUGCUUUCUGGGUGAAAGGUCACUGCUCCCUGGCUCCCAGCGUGAUGCCCAGCCUCCUGCAGCAGCCCCCCCCAGCCUGCCAGCCCACCCCGUGGCCCUUCUGAAGAGGUGACCACUCCGACCAGCAGGGGUGGAAGAUGGUACCAGCCAACCUGGAGCCGCAGGAGGAGCCUGCAGCCGCCGCCCUGCCAUGGAGGAGCCCACGCCCGAGCCCGUCUACGUGGACGUGGACAAAGGCCUCACCUUGGCCUGCUUCGUCUUCCUCUGCCUCUUCCUCGUCGUCAUGAUCGUCCGCUGCGCCAAGGUCAUCAUGGACCCUUACAGCGCCAUCCCCACCUCCACCUGGGAAGAGCAGCACCUGGACGACUGAGGCGGGGCUGCCGGGCGCACCUGUGCCCGCCACCGCCUGCCGGCCCAGAGACACAGGAAGGGCUCGGUCCCCGGGGUGCAGAGCACCGCCUCGGCCUGGCCUGCUCUCGCACAAGCACCAGAGUGACGUGGGCCGGUGUGGGAGUCACUGUGACUAUGGGGCAGUCACCUU